AUGGGAUGUACGCUGAGCGCAGAGGAGAGAGCCGCCCUCGAGCGGAGCAAGGCGAUUGAGAAAAACCUCAAAGAAGAUGGCAUCAGCGCCGCCAAAGACGUGAAAUUACUCCUGCUGGGGGCUGGAGAAUCAGGAAAAAGCACCAUUGUGAAGCAGAUGAAGAUCAUCCAUGAAGAUGGCUUCUCUGGGGAAGAUGUGAAGCAGUACAAGCCUGUUGUCUACAGCAACACCAUCCAGUCUCUGGCGGCCAUUGUCCGGGCCAUGGACACUUUGGGCGUGGAGUAUGGUGACAAGGAGAGGAAGACGGACUCCAAGAUGGUGUGUGACGUGGUGAGUCGUAUGGAAGACACUGAACCGUUCUCUGCAGAACUUCUUUCUGCCAUGAUGCGACUCUGGGGCGACUCAGGGAUCCAGGAGUGCUUCAACCGAUCUCGGGAGUAUCAGCUCAAUGACUCUGCCAAAUACUACCUGGACAGCCUGGAUCGGAUUGGAGCCGGUGACUACCAGCCCACUGAGCAGGACAUCCUCCGAACCAGAGUCAAAACAACUGGCAUUGUAGAAACCCACUUCACCUUCAAGAACCUCCACUUCAGGCUGUUUGACGUCGGGGGCCAGCGAUCUGAACGCAAGAAGUGGAUCCACUGCUUUGAGGAUGUCACGGCCAUCAUCUUCUGUGUCGCACUCAGCGGCUAUGACCAGGUGCUCCACGAGGACGAAACCACGAACCGCAUGCACGAAUCCCUGAAGCUCUUUGACAGCAUCUGCAACAACAAGUGGUUCACAGACACAUCUAUCAUCCUGUUUCUCAACAAGAAGGACAUAUUUGAGGAGAAGAUCAAGAAGUCCCCACUCACCAUCUGCUUUCCUGAAUACACAGGCCCCAAUGCCUUCACAGAAGCUGUGGCUCACAUCCAAGGGCAGUAUGAGAGUAAGAAUAAGUCAGCUCACAAGGAAGUCUACAGCCAUGUCACCUGUGCCACGGACACCAACAACAUCCAAUUCGUCUUUGAUGCCGUGACAGAUGUCAUCAUCGCCAAAAACCUACGGGGCUGUGGACUCUACUGAGCCCUGGCCUCCUUCCCAGCCUGCCACUCACUCCUCCCCUGGACCCAGAGCUCUGUCACUGCUCAGAUGCCCUGUUAACUGAAGAAAACCUGAGGCUGGCCUGGGGGGGCAGGAGGAGGCAUCCUUUGAGCACCCAACUUCAGCCUCAUGACACGUGGGAACAGGGUUGGGCAGAGGUGUGGAACAGCACAAGGCCAGAGACCACGGCAUGCCACUUGGGUGCUGCUCACUGGUCAGCUGUGUGUCUUACACAGAGGCCGAGUGGGCAACACUGCCAUCUGAUUCAGAAUGGGCAUGUCCUGUCCUCUGUACCUCCUAUUCAGUGUCCUGAUUUCUCUUCCACCUUGGUGAUAGGGUGGCUGGCAGGAUGGCCCCAUGGAAGGUGCUGCUUGAUUAGGGGAUAGUCGAUGGCAUCUCUCAGCGGUCCUCAGGGUCUGUUUGGUAGAGGGUGGUUUCGUCGACAAAAGCCAACAUGGAAUCAGGCUACUUUUGGGGCUCAAAGACUCAGACUUUGGGGAGGGGUUCCCUCCUCCUUCACUUUGGAUCUUGGCCCCUCUCUGGUCAUCUUCCCUUGCCCUUGGGCUCCCUAGGAUACUCAGCCCUGACUCCCAUGGGGUUGGGAAUAUUCCUUAAGACUGGCUGACUGCAAAGGUGCACUGAUGGAGAAACAUCCCUGUGCUACAGAAUUGGGUGGGGGGAACAGCUGAGGGGGCAGGCAGCUCUUUCCUGAUAGUCUGAUGACAAGCCCUGAGAAUGCCAUCUGCUGGCUCCACUCACACGGGCUCAACUGUCCUGGGUGACAGUGACUAGCCAGGCCACAGGCUGCAGGUCACAGACAGAGCAGGCAGCAGCCUUGCAACUGCAGAUUACUUAGGCAGAAGCAUAGGGGCCUCAUGAGCCAGGUCCUGUAGCCAGUGCUCUGCUUUACUCCAGCCUCGGUCGGGAAGUUGAAAGCCCUUGGUGUAUUCCUGGGCUCAGGAGUGUAAACCAACUCAGACAUGCAGCCAGCCCCCUAGGUGGGUAAACGACCUAGGGACCUAGGGAGAGCCUUUGCUGCAGAGAUUUCUAAGCAAAACGGUGUGGUGGAGCUUUGGCAACCCUAGCCCCAGCUGACUUUGGACAGUCAGCAUAUGUCCCUGCCAUCCCUAGACAUCUCCAGUCAGCUGGUACCACAGCCAGUGGUUCAGACAGGUUUGAAUGCUCACGUGACAGGCUGUACUGAUGCAGAUGUGCUCCCGGGCAGUCGGGAAAGGUCUACGGGUCUCUGCCGUCCUCAAGCCCUGUAUUUUCCUGCCCUCCACUCUGAGCCCUGCUCCAUCACAGGCCAGGAGGACCCUGGCCCUCUUUCAUAGUCCCUGUGACCUUGCCACCAGCUCCGGCCUCUUUGGUUCCAACAAGAACAGAACUGUGAGUAGUCUAGGGAAGCAUGGGACCUUCUCCAGUGCCAAAUGCUUGUAGGGGUCCUCUGGGAGUUCACUCCCCAUCUUGGUGAUCCUCUGGGGAGCCCACCCCAGUCUGGUUGCCUCACCCUUCCCCCUCUACCCAUAUUUUUCUACAUCUCCAUAGUUCUAGGACCCUGUGCCAUGUACUGGGAUAACAGAGAACAGCCUGGAGACCACGGUCUCAGUGAUGGCCUCGUGUGAUCGCGAAGACCAGUUCAGACCCUGGGCCAACAGCAGUUAUUUCUCUGCAGCACCCCUGGGUGUGGCCACCUGUGUCGACAGGCUGUAACCCCAAGUUUAAAAGCACCUGCGGUCAAGGGAUGUUGGCCAAGCCCCAUCUUUUAGGACCAUUUCCAGGAAGGUAGAAAUCAGCACCCCUAACAAUCCCCCUAUGGCUCCCAUUCCCCAAGUGGCCCCUCCAAAUCACUGCAACACAGUGGCCAGAGCCCUCAGCUAGAAUCAGGGCCUGUACCCAGCCUCCCCACUUCUGUCCCCAAGACUGCCUUCUGCUCGACCUACUGUGUUCAGCCUAGUGUCACCACUGUCAGCCUCAGGUAGCAAGGUCUCAGGCUGUCUACUCUAAGCCUUUAAGAACAUGGUCCACAGGGAAAGCUGUCCUGUCUCCCACCCAUGUCGUCACCAGCAGCACUACCAUGGGGGGGACAAGCGUGUGUGACAAGUGAAUCUUGGCUCCGCCGUGGCUUUGGGUAUGGGGGAAGUGCUGAAAGUGACCAGAUCAGGGGAAUGGCCCAUAUGUGCAGUGGCCAUGUCCCCAGAGGGGCCAUGCUGUAGUGUCUGAGUAGUCUUAACUCAGCAGGCCAGGAGCCAGUUCCCAGGAAGAGUGCCUUCACCGUAUUCGUGGAACCGUGCCUGUUGCCUAGGUGCCUGUGGGCAAAUCCUGUGCCCUGUGCCAAUGUCCAUUCUAAGAAUCUGCCCUUUAAGCAUAGGUAGAGGCUUCUGAGCCUCUGGGCUGAGCUGUAGAGGGUGCUGGUGAACUCUGGGCUGGGCUGUGGAGGGUGCUGGUGGACUCUGGGCUGAGCCGUGGAGGGUGCUGGUAGACUCUGGGCUGAGUUGUGGAGGGUGCUGGUGGACUCUGGGCUGAGCCGUGGAGGGUGCUGGUGGACUCUGGGCUGAGUUGUGGAGGGUGCUGGUGGACUCUGGGCUGGGCUGUGGAGGGUGCUGGUGGACUCUGGGCUGAGUUGUGGAGGGUGCUGGUGGACUCUGGGCUGAGUUGUGGAGGGUGCUGGUGGACUCUGGGCUGAGUUGUGGAGGGUGCUGGUGGACUCUGGGCUGGGCUGUGGAGGGUGCUGGUGGACUCUGGGCUGGGCCGUGGAGGGUGCUGGUGGACUCUGGUGUGGGAAUGGGGAUGGAUUCCUCCCAGUCUGACCCACUCAUUAGUUGAACUUGCCUUCAGCCCCUCGCGAUCCCUUCUGUGGAUGGAGCCCCUAGACCCUGGUGCCCUGUUCCCUUGUCCCCUCUUGUACCGUGCAGAGCACCACCAUCAUUUCAGCCUUGCAGCCCAGGCCCACACCCUGCUGUUGGGAACUGGAGGCAUCUGACCUGUGUGGUCUGUACUGGAUAUCACUGAGUGCCCUGUUCAACCCCAUACCCAGGCUGUCUCUCAGGUUGACAGUGCUUCACCCCAGCCCUUGCCCUAUGCAGAAAGUACUGCUGCAAGAGAUGUACCUGUGGUUCCCACGUACUACAUGCUACAGCCAGUGACCUGAGGGCAGGGUUCACCUCACACUCCUCCUGACCCUCUCCCCAUCUCCAUCUGACCCAGCCUCUUGACACAGAGAUCCAGCACACCUAGGAGAGACUCAUGAACCCUCCUGACCCAGUAGUAGCCUGUUACCUUCUUCUGAAGAUCCUGGGGGCACAGAACAUCUUCUAACUGCCACCCCCUUUUUCUGGGCCUCCUGGUAAGCUCCAGGUAUAGCCCCAUAGCUCUGAGGAAUCCAGUCCUGAGGCUCCACCUCCACUGUAACUGAGCUCCUGGAGGCAAGCACCUUCCAGGCUGCUGAUCCCAUCAGGCUACAAGCUAAAGAAAGUCCCAGCAUCCCAAAGAACAGGGCCAGGGGUGUAAGCAGGCUUCCCCACACCCCACCACUCAGGAGAGCCUUGUACUCAUCUGCUUAAAGAAUGGGACUCAGGCUCACAGAUGCCACCCCAUGCCAGAUAAUGGCCAUGUCAAGGAGGGAACAGGUAAAAGAAAACCAGAAAUAAUGGCCCAUCCAAAGUCCUGAGCCCUCUAGGCAGAGUGCAGUACCCUAUGACAGGCAGCUUUCUUCUCUUCCCCAGGCACAAAAGGCCACCAGCAGAAACAGUGCCCUUCCCAGCAGCCCCCAGGCCCUCCCCUCCCCUUAGCCUCCUGCACCAGCCACAGUUGUCUGCCCAGCAUGGACAGCAGCCCCCAACUCCUGGUGUUCUCCCUGACUUCUGACUUGACCCCUGUGGCUGAUGUGCACACACCCUUCAAGUCCCAGGCCAGAGGCCGGGCACCCCACAUUCCCCUUAGCAGAGCCUUCUUAGGUGCACCCACCCCACCUCUUGACCCAUCACCAUCACCUACCCUCAUUAACUGUAAUUUUGUAAGAAGAGUGACUUGCUGGUUAAUAAAUACCUAGUUACUGUAAUAAUUUAUUGGCUGCCAUAAUGUAUUUAUUAGUCACCCACCAUUAAUAAA